AUUACUGAGAGCAUGAGAUAUUUAUUUUGAACAUUAUAAAUAAACAAACGUAAAUUAAUAAUCGACUGAUAUUUACUGUCACUAUACAUCGGCAUACUCUUUACAUCUGAUUUAAAACAUUUAUUUGCAAAUUAGCGGUAUUCUAUUUGUGUGUGUUGAAAACAUGAUAUAAAUCUUUCUUGAAUUAAUAUAUAUAAAGAUUUUUUGUGUUUUCACUAUGCGUUAUACGUUUACUUUAUUUCGGAACAGUGCAUUCCGAUCACUAUUUCGACAAUAUAGUGUAGCUACAUCUAAUGGUUCUGCUGUUAAAGUUGUAAGCGUAAAAGAUGAUGAUUCGAUUAAAGUUACUUUUAAGUACUUAAACUUUUAUAACAUGAUUAUUAAAAGGCCAAAAGAUGAGGGUGUUCAAAUUGCUUUAUCUCAUAUAAAGGCUAAAACCGAAUUAAUACAUAAACGAGAAGAAAUUCUUCGAGGUAUAAAGAAUAAAUAUGCAAUGACAGCCCAAACCGUUGUAGAAACUUACGUCGAUGGAGAUACUGAAGUAUCUUUAAUAAAAAACAAUGAAGUGAUGGAUGAGAACAUUCCUAAUAUUGAAGCAUGGCCUCAGGCAUCUAUGCUUAAAAUUGGAAAUGAUUUGUACGAAAUUAAAUACAAUACACCUACAGUUGUGGAACUAAGUUUACCGCGUCAUAUUAUAGCAGGUUGUCCUAUUCGUCCUCAUUUUAUUCUGGAGUGUGCAUCUUUAGAUGAUUGUAAAUUUACAUGGUAUCGGUCUGUUGCAAAAGCUGAUGUGUCUAGAUAUGUUAACAGUGAAAGGAAGCACGAUAUUUUUAUAGACCAUGAUAAAUAUUGGUUGAAAGUAAAUGAAGGCUUUAUUUAUUUCACAAUGAAAGAUGACGUCGGAUGUUAUUUGAAAGUAGUAUGCACUCCAAAGCAGGGAGACCAAACUGGUCCUGAUUUUGCUGUUGAGAGCGAUUCAGUUGUUGAAGCUGGACCUGAUAUAUUUUCAUUUGAGGAACGACAUGUAUAUACAAAAACAUUAUCCACUAAAGAUAGUUUUCGAUGUGUAUCUUAUAAUGUUCUAGCCAAUGUGUAUGUUGAAAAACGAAACUUUCCAUAUUGUUCAGCGAAAGCAAGGAAUAUUCAUUAUAGAAAACAGUUACUAUUGAAAGAAAUUUUAGGCUAUAACAGUGAUAUAAUUUGCUUACAAGAAGUUCAGGAACGUAUCUUUGAACACGAUCUCAUAAAAGUUCUGAAAAUGGCAGGAUAUCAUGGCUUCUAUGCAAAGAAGGGAGGACGAAGAUUUGAAGGUUUAGCUACCUUCUAUCGCUCAUCUAAAUAUAAGGUUUUGGAUAAUUACAGAAUUUUAUUAAAUGAAGUUGUGAGAGAAAAAGAUAUAUUUCUGAAUUUGUUAUCAAAAGUUUCUGGCAAUUGCAAGACUAUGAGUACAUUAUUUGCCCAAGACACAGUACUUCAGGCUGUCCUUCUGCAAGACUUCAGCGGCCGCAAAAUUUUGGUAGCAAACACUCAUUUAUAUUCAAAUAAAGAUACACCUGAAGUUCGUCUCAUACAAGCAGCCUUCUGUCUAUGUUAUAUUGAACACAUUAUAAAGAUGAAGGAGGAUUCAUUGCCUGUUUUGUUUUGUGGUGAUUUCAACAGUUUACCAGAUUCUUCUGCUUAUGACUUCAUUACAUCAGGAAUCUUUGAAUGUUGCUCUAGUUGGAAGAGAGAUUCUGUUCCAGAUACAGACACAAUAUUAAGGCAUAAUUUACAUUUAAGUAGUGCCUGUGGAACACCAGAAUAUACAAAUUAUACAGAAGAAUUCUGUGGGUGCUUAGAUUACAUAUUUUACAGUAAAAAUAAUUUACAAGUUACUGAUAUAGUGCCUAUGCCUAGUCAUGAAAAAGUAACAGCUCAGAUUGGCUUGCCAAAUGAACAUUUCCCAUCUGAUCACAUAGCACUUGUUUGUACAUUAAAAUGGAAAACAUAAUUUUCAUAAAAUUGUAAAUAAUUUUUUUUAUAAAUGUAUGACCACAUUGUAUGAUAAAUAAAUAAGCAGUUGUAUUGCAGAAAACAUAAA